AUGUACGUUGUUCAAUCCCGAGGAAAAACACAAACUCUACAAAACGNGUUAAAUGGGCCUGCAGCAGUCUCAAGAGCCAAAAAGCCCAAAAACCCAAAAGUCCAAGAGACCACAGCCCGCGUCCGAGACCAGCCCGGCCCGGCUCGUCCCGCAUCCGUGCUCGGCCUGCUAUGGAGAAGAACCAUAAUCCAUAACCCUAAUUCCUGGUCAGAGCUUCCUCUAGAUAUCUUGAAUUUGGUGUUCGAACGUCUCAGCUUUGCUAAUUUUCAACGAGCUAAAUCGGUGUGUUCGUCUUGGUACUCUGCCUCGAGACAAUCAGUGCCCAAAAUUCAGAUCCCUUGGUCGAUUUUUUUCCCCGAAGACAACGACAACAACAGUUCAUGUACGUUGUUCAAUCCCGAGGAAAAACACAAACUCUACAAAACGCAAGAUCUUGGCGUUGAAUUUGCCAAGAGUGGGUGUAUAGCCACCUAUGGAAGCUGGCUCCUUAUGCGGGAUCCGUGGUAUAAUCUCUAUAUUUUGAACCUUUUUACCCACGAAAGGGUUAAUCUGCCAUCUGUGAAGUUACAACUUCGAACAAUAAAGCUUGAGCAAGUAAUAGCUGAUUGGUUUCUCGUUUCUAACGAUCACAACACAAGUAGGAAGGCCGAAGAUAUUAUUAUGCAAUCCCCUGUGACUUGGAUUGACGAGAAAACCAAAGAAGAUUAUAUAGUUCUUUGGGGACUUGGAAGUUGGUGUGUGUUUUAUGCCAAGAAAGGAGAUACCUCGUGGAACCAGGUUCCGGGAUUAUCGCAUUGUCUUGACAUGGUUUACAAGGAUCACAAGCUUUACUUCUCUAGCAGCAUAAAUAUUUUCACAAUCUUAGAUUUUUCUGGAGAGAUUCCUCAACAAAUCUUUCAAUGUGCUAUGCUGCUGUUUCGAAGUAAUCCAUGGUUGGUUGAUGAGACAAAACUAGUAGUCACAGUAACAGGAGAUGUCCUCAAGGUUGAAAGAAUGAAGAUAAACCAGUCAUUCCGCGUCUACAAAGUUUAUUCAUCAUCAAGGCUGCUUAAGGAGUAUGAAGAAGUUUAUUCUUUGGGAGACGAGGCAAUGAUUUUGGAUCUAGGCAUCACUUUGCCUGCCAAUGACUUUGAGGGUUUCCUUAUAAACUCCAUCUAUUUCUGUGAUCGAGAGAACACACAUCAGAUCUAUAUCUUCAAUCUCGAGACAAAGAAGAUGAAGCCACUCCACAACUUUGAUUUUAAUUGUUCUUCUUCUCGAUGGUUCUUACCAAGUUUCACAUCUACAAGAUGA